AUGAGAAUUGUAAAAAAUAAAUCGAUGAACCCUGACUCAGACUCAUUGGAUCUGGUCUCAGACUCAUUGGAUCCUGACUGCGACGUUUCGCAUCUUGACUCAUGGAACAUACUUACUGCUAUAUCCGAUGGUGUUGUAUUGGUCAAUGGUAAUCGUUUACAAAUUCAAAGAGGGGAUGAGUCCUUUUUAAAAAAAUACUUCAAGCUUAGUAAAAACAUUGGAGAGUAUAAUAGGAUUGCUCUAUCUUUCAGUGGAGAAGAAGUUAAAAAAAUGAUAAAAAAUAUUUUAGAAAAUUAUGAACUCGAUCAAGUUAAGGAUUCAAACGGCAACGGCAAAUAUUCAGGAAAGUUGUACACCUGGACCGUUGAGCACUCUUCGAAUUACGUAACAUUAAAAGCCCGUAAAAACAAGAAGGAAGUGGGAGAAAUAGACGUUUGGAAACAUAAGAAUGGAGAUAUUUUGGAUAUUUUUGAUUAUAGUAGUGAGUUUGAAAAGCUUGGAAUGCAGAUUAAAAAAUCUGAUGAAAAGAUCGAAGAUCUCUAUAAAAUAAUAGAAAAAUCCAAUGAGAAAAUUGAUGAAUUAAUUAAAUUUAUUAAAAGAGAAAAACAGAUGAAUGGAGACGAAUCGUUCUAA